AUGGCCAGAACACAUCCACUCCUUACUCGCCGCGAAGUUGAAGGCCUCAUCGCCGCCGGCGACACACUCGUCAUCGCCCAUGGUCACGUCCUCCGCCUAAACAGAUGGCAGGACUUGCACCCAGGAGGCCGCCUUGUCGUACAGCACAUGGUUGGCAGAGACGCAACGGACGAGCUGAGCAUAUCACACUCCGCGGAGAGCAUAAAGAGCAUGCACCGAUACCGCGUCGCACGAGUCGAGGAGCCCUGGAUCAACUUCACGCCACCCAUACAAGGCGGCCACUUCAACAAAUGCAAGGCAUCGGCACACUUGAACGAGAAAGAUGGCGCCAGCUCAGAAAAGGGCUUGCUAUCACUCAGUGAGGCUUCCAGCUUGGACGUGACACAGUCAGGACAAUACACUGCCGAUACAAUACAAGGUGAGAUAGAUGCAGACCUCGCAAAGUACCCGUCUCUCGAUGCUGCCACGCAGACCGCCAUCGCACACAAGUUCAGGGCGCUGCAUGAACGCAUUCAAGACGAGGGGUUCUACGACUGUCGCUACAUCGAGUACGGCAAGGAGUGUGUCCGCUAUGCAGCUCUGUUCGCCCUGUUCAUCUGCUUCCUGCGCCGCGAGUGGUACUUCACCUCAGCAUGCUUCCUCGGCCUCUUCUGGCACCAGAUCAUGUUCACGGCCCACGACGCCGGCCAUCGUGGGAUCACCCACAACUUCGUCAUCGACUCCUUGAUUGGCAUCUUCAUUGGCAACUUUUGCUCAGGCCUCUCCAUCGGCUGGUGGAAGAGCAGCCAUAAUGUGCAUCAUUUUGUUACGAAUGACCCGGUCCACGAUCCAGACAUUCAGAAUGUUCCGCUCUUCUCGACCUCCCCAGCUUUCUUCACGUCAAUCCGCUCUUCGUAUUACAACGGCUUCUGCUUCGUCUGGGAUGCAGCCGCGCAGUUUCUCGUCAAAUACCAGCGAUACACAUACUACCCGAUCAUGGCCGUCGCACGCUUCAACCUCUACUUCCUUUCCUGGAGCCAUCUGCUUUCGCGCCGCAGCAUCGCCCGUGGCUCCGCAUCUUGGACACGAUCGGUCGAAAUCAUCAGCAUCGUCUGCUACCUCUACCUUUACUUCUACGUCCUCCUAUGGCGUAACGUCGACACAUGGUUCCAUCGCGCCAUCUUCGUCGGCGUCAGCCAUCUCGUCACGAUGCCGCUACACGUGCAAAUCACGCUCUCACACUGGGGAACCAGCACCUCCGAUCUUGGACCUGCAGAAGUCUUCGCACAGCGCCAACUACGAACGACAAUGGACGUCGCCUGCCCUGCAUGGCUGGACUUCAUACACGGCGGUCUCCAGUUCCAGGCCGUGCACCAUCUCUUUCCGCGUGUGCCCAGACACAACCUGAGACGACUACAAGUGUUAGUUAGGGAGUUCUGCGAGGAGACGAAGAUUGAGUACCUCAUCUUGGGGUUCUUGGAUGGAAACAAGGACGUUCUGGGCAAGUUGCAGCAGGUUGCGGAUCAGGCUAAGAUGAUGGUAGAGUGCCAGAAUCAUAUGGCUGCAACGGGCGAGAGUGGACUUUACUAG